AUGGGCCAACACCAGGUUCCUUUCAGGAACCAUGUUCCUGAUUCCUCGGAUAUCGAGUCAGACAGUGAUAGCAAUCAGCCGAUUGGGAAGGGAAACAACUCCAUUGAUGUGAUAUCUAGGACAAUGAAAGCCCUAGUGAAGAAGAUCCAAGACCUUCGCCAUCUGGGGAUUGAAAACCAUAAACUCCCCCUCCCAAAAAUCUGUGUUGUGGGAGACCAGAGCACUGGAAAAAGCUCGCUCAUUGAAGGUAUGAGCGAGAUAAAGGUCCCUAGGAGUGCCGGCUGUUGUACUCGCUGUCCCUUGGAGAUCAAUCUCUCAGACCAACUGGAUGGGCCGUGGUCCUGCAAAAUAUUCUUGAUGAAAAAGUACAUUUACAGCACCCAGUUGAUCAAGCGUGGAGGGAAAAGCAAAGACUUAGGGCCUUGGGUUGAGCAGGAGCCCGAGAUUAUUCCCUUCGUGAACCUAACCGACAAAGUCGGUGUACAAGAUGCACUAAAAUGGGCCCAACUAGCCACGCUCAAUCCAUCGACGUCUCACGAGAACUACAUCCCUGGUCAAAACACGGGAACAGAUGAAACCACUCAAGUCAAGUUCUCCCCCAAUGUCGUUCGCCUGGAUAUUUCUGCUCCCCACUUCCCCAACCUCUCCUUCUACGAUCUACCUGGUGUUAUCAAUGUUGCUGAGGUUGAAGAGGAAAAAUACUUGGUAACUAUUGUUGAAAAUCUUGUCAAGCAAUACAUCUCAACAAGCAGCUGUACUGUCUUGUUGACCCUUCCUAUGACUGAUGAUGCAACUAAUUCCAGUGCUGCAAGGAUAAUCAGAGAGGUUGGGGCCACUGCUAGGACGCUGGGGGUUCUCACAAAGCCAGAUCGUGUAGGGUACGGUGAAGGCUACAACCAAUGGGAGGAGAUCCUUCGGGGUGAAAAGUUCACUGUUGGCCAUGGCUACUAUGUUGUUCACAAUAACCCCAAUUCGCAGGUUGAGCAUGCCCAAGCCCGGGAGGAGGAGGAGGAGUUUUUUAGUGCCGGGCCAUGGAGAAGUGAGCUUGUUGAGUACAGCACAAGAUUUGGCACGCGGAACUUGCAAAUGGCGCUGUCGAAGCUUUUGAAACAGCAAAUUGAGCUCAGUUUGCCUUGUAUUAGGGAACAAAUCAAAACUCGAGCAGAAGAAGUCGAAAGGGAGCUAAUGACCCUUCCUGAUCCCCCCUCAGCCAAUAUUCAAUUUAUUUUGUCGGAUAAAUUGAAUGAAUUCAAUAACGCCAUACAUGUCCACAUGAACGGUGGGUCACCGGGCUCAGAUUACCCCCUCCAAAAGCAGUGGAUGAAGAUUGCUACCGAUUUCCAGUACAGCUUGUUGGUGACUCGACCUGCGAUGCGGCUGUCAGCUUUAGUUGAAAAGUUCCCUGCCAGGGAGGCAGCGGCGAAUCGACCAGGCGAAGUUGCAACAAGAAGUGAUGAAGAGAAUGAUUGCGAAAUCACUGAGAGCCGUCCGUCUCCCAACAAACGUAAAGCAGACACAGCGGAGCCUCAAGGCGGCGUCAAGAGGCUUGAAGAGGUUAGGGAGAUCAGCAGCGACACCUAUGCUUCUGGGGUUCCUGGGCUUGCAAACCCCCUUGCCGUUGAAGUAAUGAACAAGCUGAGUGUUAUGCAUUGGGAGCAACCCAUGAAAGAGUUCCUCACUGCUAGUUAUGAGUUGAUCGAAGCUUUCCUCAUAGGUCAAUUGAACAUUGUGUUUUCUUCGUACCAGCGUACAGCGUUGUAUGGGAAACUGAGGGAGAUUAUUCCCAAUUUUCUGCAAACUUUAAAGAAUCCUCACCUCCGUCUCGCCAAUGAAUUCUAUCAGGCUGAACAGAUGAAGCCUUUCACCAUGGCCACUGCCACCUUUCAGAGCGCCCAGAGGGAAGCUCUAGAUUCUCUAAGAACGAAACGCAAAUCAGUCCGGGUAACUUUAUUUUUGGAGGGCGGAGAUUGUAUAGAAGGUGGAAGAAGAGUUGCCCCAAGCGGAAUCUCCGAUGCCCACAUGGGGGAGGAUGAAUACGCUAAGGAAAUUGAAAUCAUGGCCAUUUCCAGGGCGUACUACGAUGUCGCAAGCUCUCGCUUUGUUGACACACUCUGCCAAAGCGUCCACACGAAGUUGUUUUUCAAAUGCGACCAAGAACUACGACCUACCAUCAUUAAAGAACUUGGAAUAUUGGAUGAUAACGGAGUGACGGCCAUGAUUGGACGCUACAUUCUAUCCACUCUAUCUUCCGAGCGCUGCGUGGAACUCAUGGUCGAAGACCCCGAGCGCCAAAAGCGCCGCCUCAAUUUAAGGAAGGAGGAAGAUAAACUCAAGAAAGCGAUGGAUUCCUUGAUGACUGUUGAGGACGAUGUUGACAUGGCGGACAUGGCCGAUUUGACUGACAUGGCCGACUGUCCAUGUUGA